UGCUCCACACGGAAGGCUCGAUGACAAAACAGUAUUGGAUGACUAGAAAAGCAAGCUACGUAACAUUGGUACUGUAGAAAUCGAUUUAUCCGGAUUCAAUGUGUACACGAGCACUUUUCUUUGAUCUGUAUGACAAUGUAAGAUCAGCAGAUAAAUGUCAUAAUCAACUUUCCCAUUACCCUAUCCUAUGCUGUUCUUUAUAUACUUGCUUUAAGUUCCACCGUUUUUUACCAGUACAUGGCAAACUCACUGACACUACUAGCCUUGCUUCCCAACAAAAUCCAUGGCUUCCUAUUGUUUAUGGAUUUGGCUUUUGGCAGCCUCUUGGAACGUAUUUUUCCACUACCAAAAGACAUAUGAUUUUAGCGCAAGUGCUUCUGUGCUUGCCAACAUUUCAAUCCAUGGAGACGCUGCCAUAGCUGAGACGGAUGACGAUUUUAUAUGCGCCACCUUAGACUGGUGGCCGCCGGAAAAAUGCGAUUAUGGGACAUGCAGUUGGGGAAAUGCUUCUUUGCUUAAUUUGGAUCUUGAAAGUUCACUGCUGGAAAAUGCUGUGAAGGCAUUUGAUCCAUUGAAAAUAAGAUUGGGUGGAACAUUGCAAGACAAAGUCAUAUAUGAUGUUGGAGAUUUGAAGCAACCUUGUCACCCUUUUAUCAAAAAUGUUUCUCUAAUGUUCAAAUUUACAGAUGGAUGCCUUCCCAUGUCAAGAUGGGAUGCCCUGAACUUGUUUUUUAGGAAAACAAGGGCUGUGGUAGCAUUUGGAUUGAAUGCUUUGAAUGGAAGGAAAGUAGUAUCGAAGGGUGUUUCAUCAGGACCUUGGGAUUCAACCAACGCUUAUGAUUUUAUUCAGUAUACAGUUGAUCAUGGUUAUCAGAUAAAUGCAUGGGAAUUAGGAAAUGAGUUGAGUGGAAGUGGUAUUGGAACAAGUAUCAACGCUACACAGUAUGCAGCUGAUGUAAUUAAACUUAAAAGGAUAUUGAAAAAGAUUUACAAGGAUUUUCAAGUGAAACCCCAACUUGUUGCACCUGAUGGAUCUGUUGAUAAAAACUGGAUUAAGGAAUUUCUUCAACGAUCAGGACCAAACAUUGUAGAUGUUGUUACACAUCAUAUCUACAAUCUGGGGCCAGGUGUGAAUCAGCAUCUUGUGGGGAAGAUAUUGGAUCCGCAUUAUCUUAGCGAAGGAGAGUCUACAUUCAGAAGACUUAAAACUGUCUUGGAGAAUUAUGGACCUUGGUCAAGAGCAUGGGUUGGUGAAUCUGGUGGAGCUUAUAACAGUGGACACAAUCUCGUCACUAAUUCAUUUGUCUCUAGUUUUUGGUAUUUAGAUCAGCUUGGCAUGGCAUCAACAUACAAUACAAAGACUUAUUGCAGGCAAAGCUUGAUUGGUGGCAAUUAUGGGCUUUUAAACACAACUACUUAUGUGCCAAAUCCUGAUUACUACAGUGCACUUCUUUGGCAUCAACUAAUGGGAGCACGUGUUCUGUCCCUAAGUUCAAAUGGAACACCAUACCUGCGGCCUUAUGCACAUUGUACUAAGAAUGCUACAGGAGUCACCUUACUCUUGAUCAAUCUAAGCAAAUUGGAUGUCAUUACUGUUGGGGUUUCUACUUAUUCUCAUACUGGAGGGCAGAAAAAUAUUUCUGCAAGGACUGAUUUGAUAAAAGGGAAAUCCAGAUUGGAGUAUCACUUAACAGCAAAAGAUGGGGAUUUACAUAGUCAGACUAUGCUCCUCAAUGGAAAAGCUUUGGGUGUAAGUGUCAAGGGAGAAAUACCAUCUUUAGAACCAAUAGAGGUGAAUCCCCAGACACCUAUUUCAGUAGCUCCUCUCUCUGUUGCAUUUGUAUCUCUUCCUUAUGUUCAACUCCGAGGAUGUAGCAGAUUUCCUUCUACAUUACCAGUACAUGGCACAGUCAAUGCCAUUAUGAGAUUUGCUUCCAUGGCUUCUGGUUGUUUCUGGAUUUGGGUUUUGGCUGCCUGUUGGGCUGUAGUCCUCUGCCGAAAUGCAUAUGGUGCUUCUGUGAUCUUUAAUGUUUCAAUAAAUGGGAGCGCUGCCAUAGCCGAGACAGAUGCUGAUUUUAUAUGUGCCACCUUGGACUGGUGGCCUCCGGAGAAAUGUGAUUAUGGGACAUGCAGCUGGGGAAAUGCUUCUUUGCUUAAUUUGGAUCUUGAAAGUCCAUUGCUGGAAAAUGUUGUGAAGGCUUUUAAUCCAUUGAAAAUAAGAUUGGGCGGAACAUUGCAAGACAAAGUCAUAUAUGAUCUUGGAAAUUUGAAGCAACCUUGUCUUCCUUUUGCCAGAAAUACUUCUGUAAUGUUUGGAUUUACAGAUGGAUGCCUUCCCAUGUCAAGAUGGGAUGCCCUGAACCUGUUUUUCAAGAGAACAGGGGCUGUGGUAGCAUUUGGGUUGAAUGCUUUGAAUGGAAGGAAACAAGUAUCGACAGGUGGUAUGGGAGGAGCUUGGGAUUCAACCAAUGCUUAUGAUUUUAUUCAGUAUACAGUUGAUCAUGGUUAUCAGAUAAAUGCAUGGGAACUAGGAAAUGAGUUGAGUGGAAGUGGUGUUGGAACAAGUAUCAAUGCUACGCAGUAUGCAGCUGAUGUAAUUAACCUUAAAAGGAUGCUGGAAAAUCUUUACAAGGAUUUUAAAGUGAAACCUCAACUUGUUGCACCUGGUGGAUUUUUUGAUGCAAAUUGGAUUAUAGAGUUUCUUCAACGAUCAGGACCUAACGUUGUAGGUGUUAUUACACAUCAUAUCUACAAUCUGGGACCAGGUGUGGAUGAGCAUCUCGUGGAGAAGAUAUUGGAUCCAUCUUAUCUUAGCCAAGAAGAGUCUACAUUCAAAAGUCUCAAAAACAUCUUGCAAAAUUAUGGACCUUGGUCAAGUGCUUGGGUUGGUGAAGCUGGUGGAGCUUAUAACAGUGGACACAAUCUUGUCACCAAUGCUUUUGUCUUUAGUUUUUGGUAUUUAGAUCAGCUUGGCAUGGCAUCCACCCACAAUACGAAGUCUUAUUGUAGACAAAGCUUGAUUGGUGGUAAUUAUGGCCUUUUAAACACAACUACUUAUGUGCCAAAUCCUGAUUAUUACAGUGCACUUCUUUGGCACCGACUAAUGGGAAAACGUGUUCUGUCCCUAAGCUCAAAUGGAACACAAUAUCUGCGACCUUAUGCACAUUGUACCAAGGAUAAUGAAGGAAUCACCUUACUCUUGAUCAAUCUUAGUGAAUCAGCUCGUAUCACUGUUGGGGUGAAUUUUACUGGAAAGAGGGAUUUCGUAAACAGUGUCGGGAGAUCUAGACUGGAGUAUCACUUAACAGCAAAAGAUGGGAAUUUACACAGUCAGACUAUGCUUCUCAAUGGAAAUGCUUUGAAUGUAAGUUCUGAUGGACAGAUACCAUCAUUAGCACCAAUAUCGGUUAAUCCUCAGACUCCUAUUUCAAUAGCUCCUCUCUCUAUUGCAUUUGUGUCUCUUCCUUAUGUUAAACUCCCAGCAUGUACCAGGUAGCAGGUAGGGAAUGUAUGCAGAUCCAAAAUAAAAUUCAAAUUUGGCAUUCUCUUUGAAGCAUCAGCAUUAUUUCAAUCGAGAUGCCAUUCAAUGUAUUUAUUAUUAUAUAAGUUCAAUGAGAUUAAUAAAAUUUCAAUACACCCAGUUGGUGUCUUGUUUUA